AUGCCCACAUACCCCGAGAUAUUUUACCUCCCUCGAGCCCUCCAACGCGCCAGCACGGAGCUCACCAUUUUCUCCCGCGAGCUGAGCGAAACGGUUGUGAUAGCGUACCCAGUCAACAGGGCUACUGGGGAGCGCAUCGUCUCUCACAACCUCAAGGACUGGACACGACGUCGCAGUGUAGUGUGGGAGUGCUUUUGCGGACUUCUGUCAGAGCACCGCACCCCAGUCCGUUUCGAAACCAACCGUCAUGGUCAUGCAAUGGCUUAUUGCCAUCAGUCUCCUAGCGAGUGUGGGUUCUCAUUGAAUCUUAGCGAGGCACGAGAGACUGCCUUGCACGAAUCUGUGUAUACAGAUGUCCUUACUCGAGUGUAUCUUGACCAUCCGCAGCUCAUGAAUUUGCGUGAUUUGGUACUGCGAGUGCAUCGCGACCGACUUGCAGCAACACCCAGCGGACACGCUGAGCUUUUCCCCUACUUUGAGGGUUAUUGCGGCACCCCCAGCUCAGCAUUAGCGCUGUCACAGCAAGGCGGCGCUGUCCGUAAUAUUUCCUCUUAUCGUCGUCGAGUCUCAGCUGCGAAUAUGCGUCAACAACGCAUUACCCACUUUGUCCACAGACGGUCUGCCCCUCUCACUAGUGCUCCUGUUGAUGCACCACACAUAGCCGAUGAGCUUGCAAGUCUGUCUUUGACGGAGCAGGAAGUAUUGCAUUCGCUUGCUGAUGGCAAAGGUAUCACGAAGUAUGAGCAUAUUGGACUAUUGGAGUUGUGUGGGGGCUGUCAAAGAAUGUUUGCAGCCAGUGCAUUACGGGCGCACAUUCUCACCUGUUCACAGAAUUGA